AUGCCUGAGCCAAUUGCAGUUAUUGGGAGUGCUUGCCGCUUCCCAGGUGGCUGUGAUACCCCCUCAAAGCUUUGGGAUCUCCUGAAGGAGCCUCAUGAUAUCUGCAAGGAGGUCCCUCCAAGUCGUUUCAACGUCAACGCCUUUUAUCACCCCGAAGCCACUCAUCAUGGGACGACAAAUGCCACCAAAUCCUACUUCCUUGAAGAGGAUGUUUCUCAGUUCGAUUCGGCGUUCUUUAACAUCCGGCCCGUCGAGAGCGAUGUCAUUGAUCCGCAGCAACGCAUUCUUAUGGAAACUGUGUACGAUUCUCUAUGUGCGGCCGGACUACCAAUGGAGAGGCUCAGGGGCUCCCCUACCGCUGUUUACGUGGGCAUGAUGUGCGAUGAUUGGUCUUCUAUGAUUGCAAGCGAUAUGGAAACUUUGCCUACAUAUACAGCCACGGGAUUAUCACGAAGUAUCGUCGCGAAUCGUAUCUCCUACUUCUUCGAUUGGCAUGGACCCUCUAUGACAAUCGAUACAGCCUGCUCUUCAAGCUUGGUCGCAGUUCAUCAGGCUGUACAAGUACUACGAAGCGGUGAAUCUUCAGUGGCUAUUGCUACUGGAACCAAUUUGAUUCUUAGCCCAGUUCCAUACGUUACGGAGUCCAACCUUCGCAUGCUUUCACCUACUGGGAGAUCCGCAAUGUGGGAUGCGGCAGCUGAUGGCUAUACGCGUGGCGAAGGUGUUGCUUCCAUCGUGCUGAAGACUCUCAGUCAAGCCCUCGCAGAUGGCGACUCAAUUGAGUGCCUCAUUCGAGAAACUGGUGUAAACCAGGAUGGCCGCACUGCAGGCCUCACUAUGCCAAACAAUAGUGCACAGGCAGCGCUUAUCUUGAACACAUAUAGACGAGCCGGUCUGGAUAUCACCAAUCCGGAUGAUCGACCCCAGUAUUUCCAUGCUCAUGGCACUGGUACGCCAGCUGGUGACCCCCAGGAAGCAGAGGCAAUUUCAACGGCCUUGUUCCCCGACGGAUACGAUGUAAAGAAUGGAGAAAAGCUCCUUGUCGGCUCAAUCAAAACCAUAAUUGGUCAUACUGAAAGUUCUGCUGGCCUAGCUUCUUUGAUUAGCACGUCUUUGGCCAUGAAAAAUGGCACUAUUCCACCCAACCUACACUUCAACCAGCUAAGCGAGAAGAUCGCUCCAUUCUAUACGCACCUCUGCAUCCCCACUAGCGCCCUGCCCUGGCCAACAGUGGCGCCUGGUCAGGCCAAACGGGCUAGUAUCAACAGCUUUGGAUUUGGUGGUACCAAUGCCCAUGCCAUUAUUGAAAGCUACGAGGCCACCCCCAAGUCAACUACUAAGCCAAAGGCCGUUCGGCUAUUCACACCAUUAACAUUUUCUGCGGCUUCAGAAACGGCCCUGCAGAGGACCAUAGGCUUGUACGCCGACUACUUAAAGGCUAACCCAGCCGUUGAUAUACAAGAUCUUGCCUGGACCCUGCAGUCACGACGUUCAACCCUCCCCUACCGCCUAGCUUCCGUUGCCGGGACGGCCGAAGAACUAUCUAAACAGUUAGGAUCACUGGCAGCUAGUCCCCCAGAGGAGACAGAACUCGGAAUCCGCUAUGCUGUCGUGACACAACCAAGCAUCCUUGGUGUCUUCACGGGUCAAGGAGCACAAUGGCCUCGUAUGGGCGCCCAUUUGAUUAACUCGUCUACAUGGGUUCAGGAGAGAAUUUCGCAACUCGACUCUGUUCUACAGAGCCUUCCUGCGGAGGACCGCCCAAGCUGGACUAUCAAGAAGCUGCUCCUUGCCGGACCUGAGAUUUCGCGGGUUACUGACGCAGCCGUCUCGCAACCUCUAUGCCUAGCCGUCCAAAUUAUCUUGGUAGAUAUUCUUCGCACAUCUGGCAUCCGAUUUAAAGCGGUAGUUGGUCACUCUUCUGGUGAGAUUGGCGCUGCAUACGCCGCGGGUUUUCUCUCCGAUAAAGAUGCUAUUCGUGUGGCAUAUUACCGCGGUAUUCAUACCAAGCUUGCAUGCUCUCCCAAUAAGGAUGUCCGAGGAUCAAUGAUGGCUGUAGGCCUCUCAUACGAUGAGGCCGUCGAGUUCUGCCAGCAUGCUACUUUCCAUGGUCGCAUCCAAAUAGCAGCGGUCAACUCUACAUCCAGUAUCACUCUUUCAGGAGACGAAGACGCCAUAGAUGAGGCUCUUGAAAUAUUCAACUCUAAUAAUAAGUUUGCCCGUAAACUUAAGGUUGACACCGCCUAUCAUUCAGCGCAUAUGGCCCCAUGCGCCGGCCCAUAUCUGAAAUCCAUGAAAGCUUUUACUGUUGAAAAAAAUACCGGAACUGGGCCCAUGUGGUUCUCCAGCGUAUCAGGCCAGCAGAUUUUGAAUGGUACGCUUACGGAAAGUUACUGGGUCGACAAUAUGUGCAAAAUGGUAUUGUUUUCUAGUGCUAUUACUCAGGCCGUCUCUGACGCCGGACCUUUCGACAUGGUAAUAGAGGUCGGCCCGCAUCCAGCACUCAAGGGUCCAACAACGGCUAUACUUGAAGAAAUUGGCCAAAAACCUCCUUACACUGGGGUCCUUUCCAGGAAUGGACAUGACGUUGAUUGCCUCUCGACGGCUCUCGGGCUUAUUUGGAAACAUAUGGGACCCGAUAGUGUGGACUUCGACUGCGUGGAACGCCUUCUCUCUACCAUAGAGGAACCACGAGUGUCACUUUCCAACCUUCCAGCGUACCCAUUCGACCGGCAAAGAUCCUACUGGACUGGGUCUCGUAUCUCUAAUCAGCACAAACAUCGCCAAACGCCUCCUAAUCCACUAUUGGGUAUUUUGUGCUCCGCUGCAACAACUUCCCGGGAAUUUCAGUGGAGAAAUAUUUUGCAAAAUAGCGAGAUCUCAUGGCUUACUGGGCAUAGAUUGCAGGGUCAGGUGGUAUUCCCCGCUACAGGUUACGUUGCAAUGGCUGUAGAAGCUAUGGGAUUCCUCGCCGCGCAGUCAGAAGUAAGCUGCUUUAAAAUCAGCGAUCUAGAUAUCCGACGCGCAAUCUCUUUUAACGAAGAAGGGUCCAGCGUUGAGGUAAUUGUCAACGUAACUUCAGUGAAAAUAACUGAUGAAGAUAUCACCGCGGAAUUCACCUGCCAUUCUAUCCUGCCCGAUGACGUAACCGCCAUUUUGAGCGCAAGUGCACGAUUAACAGCUCAGCUGGGUUGCCCAACCGCGGAUAUACUACCAUGUUACACAUCAGACCCCUUCAACCUUGUUGAAGUAAACAAAGAUGAGUUCUAUAGGAACCUCACAAAGCUCGGCCAUGAUUACUCCCACCCAUUCCGUGGAGUCUCACAUAUCAAACGCAAGCCUGACUAUUCUACUGGUCUUAUCGAAGAUCAGUCUGGACAUAAAUGGGAAGACGAUUUAUUAUUCCACCCUGGAAUGCUUGAUACCGGGCUACAAACUACACUUGCAGCAUGGUCCUUCCCCGGGGAUGGCCAAAUCUGGUCUCUUCAUGUCCCAACCUUCAUAUCUUCAAUUACCCUUAAUCCUUAUUUCAGUCCUCUGUUUUCGGGCAAGCAGAGGAGUAUGAAGUAUGAAUCGUUUCUCCGCACAGUCGCCCCAUCGAAUGUUAUUGCAGAUGUCCAUCUCUACACUGAAGAUGGAAGUAAGGCGAUAGUGCAAUUUGAAGGGGUAUCGAUUGUACCCUUCUCGCCAGCGUCUGCCGCAGAUGAUGUCCCACUGUUCUCUAACUUUCAGUAUAAACUUGCUAGUCCCGAUGGGCAGCUCGCAGCCAUGGGUGAAAUGAUGUCUAGCUCCGACAUCCAGUUAUACAUGGACACAGAGCGGAUUUCAUACUGGUACAUUCGAAAUAUUAUCAGCGCGAUUACCCCCAUACAAAGAGAGCAUGUUCUUCCACAUUUCAAGUUCUAUCUUAGGUGGUGUGAGCACAUGGUCGACAUGGUAACUCGUGGGGCCUAUCCCAGAGUGUCUCCUGAGCGCAACUCUGAUACCCGUGAUGAUAUCGCCAAUCUCAUAGGCCGCUAUAAAUCACGGAAGGAUAUCCGCUUCGUCGAGAUAGUUGGUGACCACCUUGUGAAAGUGAUUUUAGAGGGUACAAGUAUGCUUGAGUAUAUGAACCAGGACGGCCUCAUGCUUGCUGUCUAUGAAGAUGGGUUAGCAGCCGGCCCUAACAAUCGCUGGCUUGGGCGAAUUAUGGCCCAGAUUGCGCAUCGUUAUCCCCGAAUGCAUAUUUUGGAAAUCGGUGCCGGAACAGGUGCCUCAGCAGGGCCAAUUCUUGCCCAAUUAGGGCCUUCGUUCUCAACAUACACCUUCACUGAUGUUUCUAGCGGUUUCUUCCCUGAAGCAAAAGAGCGCUUUAAGGACUAUUCGCAGCGCAUGAUUUACAAGCCCUUCAAUAUAGAGCAGCUUCCAAGCGUUCAAGGCUUUGAGGAGGGCCAUUACGAUACGGUUGUAGCAGCCAAUGUCCUCCACGUUUCUGCUGAUAUAACACAGUCCAUGAGGAACGUUCGUCGACUGUUGAAGUCUGGUGGGUAUCUGAUUGGUAUUGAAGUCACAACCACUGAUAUCCUAGUUAGUGGCAUGACCAUGGGUACUCUACCUGGCUGGUGGAUUGGUGCAGAAGCUGGCCGGCCUUGGGGUCCUUCCUUGACUCUGGACCAGUGGGAUUCAGUACUCCGUUCAACUGGGUUUUCUGGUAUCGACACUACCACACCGGAUAUUAGCGCAACCCUUCCUGUCUCAGUAUUUGUGUCGCAAGCUAUUGAUCAGAAAGUCACCAUAUUGCGGAACCCUCUGGAGGCAGCCCCUGGGAUUAAUCUGCAGAAUGCCGCUAUUAUUGGUGGCGUAACUCACUCUGUCUACGAACUUGCAGAGAAUAUUGCAAAGUCUAUCUCAGGAAGGUUCAAGAGCGUGAUGGUCUUUGAAACUGUUCAGGAAUUGAUGGCCUCGGAGCUUGCUCUAACCCCCGGGCUUACCGUUCUUAGCCUGACUGACUUAGACGAGCCCUUCAUGAAGAACCUUACUGCUUCGAAGUUCACCAGCCUUCAGUCCCUAUUUAAUACUGCCGGGACUCUCCUUUGGGUGUCCCGUGGCUCCAAAGAAUAUGAGCCAUACUCAUACAUGAUGGUUGGGAUUGGACGUACCGUCAAGAAUGAGAACCCCAAUAUCAACCUACAGCUCUUUGACAUUGAAAGUGUCAACCAUUCAACCGCGGUCAUGCUUUCGGAAGCACUGAUCAGACAUUUCCUUCUCAGAUUAUGGGACGAUGGGACUAAUGAUCUCCUCUGGUCCGCGGAGCCUGAAGUUAUCGUCCAUGAUGGACAUCAUCUAAUCCCAAGGGUUCUACCCAAUGAGGAAAAGAACAAAAGAUAUAACUCCCAUCACCGAGAUAUCCUCAAAGAGGUCAACAUGAAAUUAGAUGCAUUACAGCUUGUCAGUAUUAACGGCUUGUUUGAUAUCCAGGAGAUAUCACCCCUCCGCCCUGCUACCCAUGUAAUGGCACAAUCCAUUACUAUUUGCACUACAUACUCGCUACUACAGUGUCUAAGAGUGGGCAGCGCUGGCUUUCUCAGGCUAUCGUACGGCUUGGAUCUAGCUUCUUCCAACCCCAUCAUCGCCUUAUCUGAUUGCACUACCUCAUCUGCAGUUGUCCCUUUACGAUGGUGCAUGCAAGUCGAGGAUUUGAUUAAGACUUAUACCCCACCGUCGCUACUUAUAUUUACAGCCGCUCAUAUUGUGGCAGAGCAGAUUCUGAGCAUGUCUACAAAGCAAGGGGUUUUUAUUGUAAACGAUGCAGACGCUCCACUGAAGUCUGCGCUCAAAGCCAAGGCGUCUACCAAGGGUGUCAAAAUUGUUUUCACAUCGAGUCAGCGGUAUACGGAUGAACAUGACUCAAUCUAUAUUCAUCCCAACUCUUCGAUACACAACAUUAAGCGUCGACUUCCUCCAUCUGCACUCGUGUUUGCUCAUCUCUCAAAAGGCUUUGAGUCAGAUACUGUACGCGAUAUCAUAUCGGAAUGCCUCCCCCCAAGCUGCAUGCAUCUUGACGAUCAUAAUCUCUUCAGCAAUGAGCCAUCCAUCACUACCAGUGUGGCAGCAGAUGAUAUACCCUUCAUCAUCAACCAAGCUGUUGGGUCUUCAACCUCAGAGGAAAUUGUUAAUGCAGAUUUAGUUCAAGCCACCAUCCCACUGUCAGAAAUAGCUGGUCAUUCUGCAUUCGGUGAACUAGGCCAGUCCCUCUGCCAGUGGAUGGUAGCCCACGGCGCCCAGCACAUUGUUUUGGCCAGUAGAACUCCCAGGGUCGAUUCGAGAUUCAUUGAGUCGAUGGCUCAGCGAGGUGCGACCGUCAGGAUUAUGACAUUGGAUAUUACAUGUCGCAAGUCACUCCGUGCCUGUUAUAAGGAAAUUACUCGCACUAUGCCGGCUAUUACAGGAGUUAUCAAUGGCGCAAUGGUUCUACAAGAUAGCGUUUUUGAGAACAUGUCAUACGAGAGAUUUUGCCAUGUUAUAGAGCCGAAAGUCAAAGGCACCCAGCUCCUAGACGAACUCUUCUAUAACACUGCGCUAGAUUUCUUUGUUGUCACCUCGUCGAUUGCUUCUGCGAUUGGAUUUAGUGGCCAGAGUAACUACUCCGCAGCCAACACAUUUAUGACCUCGCUCAUGUACCAACGCAGGAAUAGAGGAGUUCCUGGUUCAGUUAUGGCUAUCCCUGCCGUGUAUGGCGUUGGGUACGCUGCUCAACCAGGGAAUUUUGACUAUGAAAACUUCAAUCGUCUAGGGUAUAGAAACGUUUCAGAGCAGGCGUUCUGCACUCUGUUCGCAGAAGCCAUCCUCUCUGGCCAGCCAGGGUCCCCUGAAGCAGCUGAGCUCAUUGCAGGUGUCAACUAUGUCCCGGCAAAGCUUGAUAUCCCACAGGCCCACGUCAGAGACGUGAAAUUCUGUCAUUAUAAAGUCGACCAGGACAAGGGCUCGGGAUCUGGCAGUGCUAAUGGAGCAGAAAGCGUGAGGGCCCAGUUAGAAACUGCAAAGAGUAGGGAGCAAGUGUGUACAGUUAUCCAAGACGCAUUCGUGGCGAACCUCAGGAAAAUCCUUCAAGUGCCGGAAUCAGAUCCUACCAAUUUGACAGUUGCCCUUGUCGAGCAAGGAAUAGACUCGCUAGUCGCAGUCAUGCUUCGCUCGUGGUUUAUGGAGGAGAUUGAUGUCGAUAUUCCAGUUUUGAAGAUUCUUGGAGGCAGUUCAAUUUCUGACUUGGUCAACCAUGCUGUGGAAAACAUUCCCAGCUCUAUGUUCGAUUGGGCUACACUGGAGAAGGAAGGCCCUGCCCUCUCUGGUCCCUCACCACCUCCAUCAAAAAAGCCAGAGAUGCCCCAGAGCACAGUAUCUAUGGCUCUUGGCAUGUCUACGCACAAGACGAUAUCGUCCAAUACGCCCAGUGAAGGAAGUGAGACUCCGUCAUUUUCAUGGCCCGAAUCUCCAAAUCUCGAACAGCUAGAUACCCCCAAACUCGACGGACUAAACCAGGAGGAGAAUAUUGUGAAGAGGGAAGGGGCAGAGGCCAAAGUCGGGGAAGGCGCAGGGGCAGUAUGA